GACCGAUCGGAAAGAAUCUGAGGAACGAGAAGAAAAAAAAAAAACCCCCCCAAUUUAAGGCUGUCGCGACGAUCUCAGGCAGUGACAGUGACAGCGACCGAGUUCGUAUCUUUUUUCUAAUUACUAGGCCCUUUGCGAUAAGAACAAGCAUCGAGAACCUCGAUCAGCUAACGCGACCGAGCGAGCGAUAAAAAGCGCCUGGGGAGUCGCCGGGUAAAAACAACGAGGGAAUCACUAACGUACGUUGAAGAGCAAGCGCCAACCGCCAAUCCAAACUCAUGUCUGCGUCCGUUUCCGCCUCCGCCUCCUCCAACCUCCCAUCCGACGCUCGCUCAGGACCCCUCCGUCGCCUGAGCCAACUGCGUGCCUACACCCAGCAGCAUUUCUCUUCUUCCCAACCCUCGUCCUCCUCUUCCUCCAGCGGCACUCGGUUGUCGCGCCGGCAUACCCUGAGCAGUCGAGUCUCGUGGUUUUCUCCCGCCUCCACCGGCCCGGAUUCCUCCCAGCAACUGUCGCCUGUGGGGUCUCGCACCUCGGGCCCAUGCCCCGAAAGUGAGCCACCAUCCACCCUCGCCCGCUAUAGUUCGGUCUUAUUCCCCAGCUAUCGCGGUCUCGAGAUCGAUCUGCGUCCUUCCCGCCAGUCUGAAACCCCCAGUUCAUCCCCCUCCAACGAGACUGGUGGCAGUGAGACGCAAGGAACGAUGGCGCGGCCCCGAGGAUCAUCCCAAGCCCUGAAUGCGAGGCCUGACCUGGAAGGGACCAGUCCCUCCGCAUCAGCCCACCUCCAUGCCGGAGCGCUCGACUCCUCUGACCCGGUGAUGUCGGAGAACCCGUCGACGUCGUCCCCGCGACCGAAGCAGAAGGCGACCAUCCGCUUUUUCCCGCAUCAAGACACCCACCAGAGCUCCCGACCGUCCCUGCCCUUUAUUCCCGUCUCGCGAACGCUCCCAUCCGACAGCUGCAUCAUCCGCGUGGGACGAUACUCCGAACGGGAUGGGCUACCGGUCGCCAAUCCAACCGAUCCCUCUGAUGCCCCGGUCGGGUUCAAGUCGAAGGUCGUGAGUCGGAAACAUUGCGAGUUCUUAUACUUGAACGGCCAGUGGCAUAUCAAGGAUGUCGGGAGCUCGUCGGGCACGUUUCUGAACCACAUGCGAUUGAGCCAGCCGAACAUGCCGUCUCGGCUGUACACUGUGAAGGAUGGCGAUAUUGUGCAGCUUGGUAUCGACUUCAGGGGAGGGGAGGAGAUGAUCUUUCGCUGCGUCCGCAUACGGAUCGAGUGCAACCGGUCCUGGCAGCAGCAGCCGAACGAGUUCAAUAAAAACACCGAGAGUCUCAUAAAGAAUCUGGGCAAGGGAGAUACGGCGGAUUACUCGGGUUGUCGGGAAUGCUCCAUCUGUCUGGGCUCAGUUCUGCGGCCUUAUCAGUGUUUGUUCAUGGCGGCCUGCGCCCACGUCUGGCAUUAUAAAUGUGUCAGUCGCCUCAUUCACACGCCCGACUAUCCCAUGUUCCAAUGUCCCAACUGCCGCGCCUACACCGAUUUAAGCGCCGAAGUCGAUGAUACGAAUGAUUUUGACGAGGAGGAAGUCAACAAAGCCACUCCGGAGGACAAGCGGGAUUCUUCCGAGGCAUCGCGGUCGGGAACAACUUCCCCCCAGCUAGAGGCCGAACCCGUUCCCACUGGCGACGAACCUCGCCAGGGCAGCCUGCCGGUUGAAGCGGGUCUGGCCGCCAAUAUCGAGAGCAUGCGUCUUCAUGAUAUGGAUGCGUCGGAGGCUGCGCGGCGUCCACCCCCUCCCACUUCGAAUAAUGAUGCCGUUCCUCCCAGUGCCGGCAAUGACAUACCUGGUUGGCAGUCGUUAACCCAGUCCCCUAAUGCUCUCCCAACCCGGCAGUCACUCCUGCGCGCGGAUACUCCUGUUCGGUCGGAAUCGUCCGAGGAUAAUCCUCUGACACCCUUGAACGAUUCGGGCCCUCUGGCCCUCGACGGCCGGGCCGCAAUGCCUUGAGCGAAGCUAUGAUCUCAGCUUUUGGAUAAGCUGCUUCAACAAUACGAUUCGUUGCAUCUGCACAAUCCACUCCAACCUAGAGCUGGACAGUCCCUUG